AUGUAUCCGAAAAGGAUAAAAGUGGACUGGACAGUCCAAGUUCAGCCACAAACCUCUCUCCUCCCCUUUGUCCCUCAGUACCGGCAAUCUCUGGCGGGCUCUGCAGCUGCCACCUACCAGGCCUGCAGCCUAACAGGCGUGACGAAUGUGAACGGCUUUGCUGUUGCCACGGUCAGACUGGGCGCCACACCCAGCAGCGCCUCAGUCACACUGGCCGAGUGGACGGCCAACCUCAGGGCUGCUGUGAAUACGGCGUCCGCCUCGUGGACAGGCCUCUACGGAGUUGUGGAUGCCUCCGGGGUCCAACUGAGCGUCGCCUGUACGAAGCUAUUUGGAUGGGGACUUUGUUUUUUAUUUCAAUCAGACCCCAUUUUGGCACAUCGUCACGACCCAAUUUGGGGCUACCUUUCGCGUUUGGUCAUGGUGGCUACACAAUGUCUUUGGUAG